AUCAGGCAGCGUUCUGCAUAUAUGCUGAUUAAUCACAUAAAUGGAUGCAUCGAGAAAUUCCCCUCUGGAGCUCCCUGACCACUUUGAACCAUAUGACUUCGUUGAGGAUCCUGACUUUGAUCAGUUGGUCAAUCUAAUUCAAGGAGAAACCGAAGACGUGGUCUCCGCUUUCGAUUAUGAUCUUAUCAAUGGCUGCUUUGAUGACAAGCAGACUGGUGGAGCACCUGGGGAUGCUUUCGAGUUUGAUGCUACAAGCACCAUGGUGUCGGAUUUUAACUAUGUUUUCAAUGCAUUGCCUAGUUUUGAUGGAGAAAUAAUGAAGGAUAGGGAGGAAGAUAGCGGCAAGGAAGACGAGUCUUCCGGGACAACAACAACAACAUCAUCGAUGGCAACAAAGAAAUCAAAGGCUGACCGGUCGAGAACUUUGAUUUUGGAACGACGCAGGAGGGGUCAGACGAAGGAGAAACUCUAUGCAUUGCGUUCCUUGGUUCCUAAUAUAACUAAGAUGGACAAGAAAUCCAUAAUUGGAGAUGCUGUAUUGUAUGUGCAAGACUUGCAAAUGCAGGCUAAGAAGCUAAAAGCUGAGAUUGCUGGUCUUGAAGCAUUGAUGGCAGGGUACCAAGAAGAAUCAAUUAAUAACCCCGUUAAGAUUCGAGUUGCAAGAAACAACCACCCCAUUUGCAAGAAGAUUUUGAAGUUGGAUAUGUUUCAAGUGGAAGAAAGAGAGUUUUACGUUAGACUGGUUUGCAACAAAAGUGAAGGGGUUGCAUUAUCACUUUACAAGGCCCUUGAAUCCCUUUCCAACUUCAAAGUUCAAAAUUCCAGUCUGGCCACCGUUUCUGACACAUUUGCAUUAACAUUUACUCUAAAUGUCAGAGAUCGUGAGCAGUCCAUGAACUUGGGAAACAUGAAGUUAUGGGUGAGUGGGGCCCUUCUAAACCGAGGAUUUGAGUUGAUAAAUUGCCUGUAAAUCCUCAAUGAAUUUAGCUGCAUGUUGUUAGCCUGUUAUCAACAGUUUUUCUUUCUUUUUCUUUGAGAAGUAUUAAUGAGCUGUGACUUUUGAGACCCUACUUUACUAUAAAAGCUAACUUGUUUAA